GGCCCCGGCCUGAUCCCCCCGCCCUGUCCCGGCCCCGCGACCCCCGGCCUGACCCUCCCUGCGGGCUGGGGACGACAGGCAGUGCUGGGGAACCCGUCAGCCCUGCCCCUCGCUGGCACUGCCCAUCCUGCGGCCCUGCCAAGUCCCCGGGACACUCCUGCAGCCCCCCGGUGCAGCCUUGUGCGGCCGCGGGCAGCGGCGACAGGCAGCAGCCAGCGCGGCCCCGUGCUCCCACGCCACGGCGCAGGGGGGGAGUUUCUCCUCCUUUGUGUGCUCCCGGCCAGGCAGCAGCAGCCGGUGCGCGGCAGCGCCGGAGCGGCCGGGGAAGGGCCUCGGCAGGAGCCGCGGAGGACGGCGGCCGCGGCCCCCUCUGCCCCGGCACAGCCACCGGCCCGGCCUCGCCGCGCCGGGAACGAGCAGCGAUCCCGGGGGAGCCGAGCUCUUCAUGACGAGAACCCGACCAGGCAGCGGGGACGGCAGCUGCGCCCGGGGACGGGGAGGACGGCAGCACUGGGGACAAGGACACCCGCGCUCCGUCCCCACCCCCGGCGCCCGCCGUCGGCCAUGGGGAACGGCAUGAGCCAGUGCUGUUAACAGAGGCCUUGUCAAGUAAUUAUCUUUUCAUCGUGAGAAGUGGAAUUUCCCAGGGGACAUGAGCUGAAAGCAUGGUGUCCGGAGCAAUCUGUGCCUGGGCUGUGAGAAAUGGGCUUCCUGCAGUGCAGUGUGAGAUCCUUCCUGGCCUCUACCUUGGGAACUUCGUUGAUGCCAAAGACCUGGAGCAGCUAAGCCGGAACAAGAUCACCCACAUUGUUUCGAUCCAUGAAUCCCCCCAGCCCUUGCUGAAGGACAUUACCUACCUCCGCAUCCCCCUGCCUGACACCCCUGAAGCCAACAUCAAGAGGCACUUCAAGGAAUGCAUCAGUUUUAUCCAUCAGUGUCGCCUGCAUGGAGGGAACUGCCUCGUCCACUGCCUCGCUGGCAUUUCCCGCAGUACCACCGUGGUCGUUGCCUACGUCAUGGUUGUCACGGAGCUGAGCUGCCAGGAGGUGCUGGAUGCCAUCCGAACCAUCCGGCCCGUUGCCAACCCCAACCCCGGCUUCAGGCAGCAGCUGUCUGAGUUCGGCGGCAGCGCAGCCCGCAAGGUCCGCAGGCACCUGAAGCAGAGGUAUGGGACAUCACCUUUCAAUGAUGAGGAAGAAAUAAAGGCCUUGCUGCCAGUAGGGAGAGAAGGAACGUCCAGGACAGAGGGAGCUGUGCAAGGACUGGUCCCCAGAGCCAGAGACAUGAGGAGCACAAGUCCCUUCCUGCUGCGGGUGAAGAGGACGUUCUCUUGCAUCCCCGCUUGUCUGAAAGCGGUUUUCCCACCAGCAGCACAAGCUCCCAGCAUCCAGGUGGCUGCGGAGCAGGGACACACCAGUGUGCCAGCAGUGUGCCUGCCCCCCUCCCGCGAGUGCAGGGUGUCUGUGUUGAGAUAUACACCCGGUGCAGGUAUCGACCCGUCCCCCCCCCGUCUUGGGGCAGCCAGAACCUACGGCGUGGGCCAGGAAAGGGAAAGUGAAAGCCGGAGCCGCUUUCGGUUUCGCCGCCGGGCCGCGAUGGCGGAGCCGGGGGCGCCCAUGCGGCUGAAGGAGUGGCUGAUCGCGCAGAUCGACAGCGGCCGGUACCCGGGGCUGCGCUGGGAGAACCGGCACCGAACGCUCUUCCGCAUCCCCUGGAAGCACGCAGCCAAGCAGGAUUACCGGCAACAGGAGGAUGCUGCGCUCUUCAAGGCUUGGGCCGUGUACAAGGGGAAGUACCACGAAGGGACGGACAAGGCCGACCCCUCCACCUGGAAGACGCGGCUGCGCUGCGCCCUCAACAAGAGCACCGACUUCCAGGAGGUGCCCGAGCGGAGCCAGCUGGACAUCUCCGAGCCUUACAAGGUGUACCAGAUCGUGACUGACAGAGCCUGUGAUGCAGAGGACAGUGACACACAGUCCCCAGGCAGUGACGACCAGCAGGUGAGCCUGCCCUGUGCCGUCCAGGCAGGGGAGAAGGGCAGCACUGCAGGGAGUCCAAAGAAGGAGGAAAGCCAAAAGGACAUGCUGGAGAGUGCCCACAUGUCUCCACAGGCCCGGCUCUCCGGCCACCCAACCGAGAGAGAGUGCCUUGUGAGGGGAAUCUUCUAUGGCUGGAACCCGACCCAUGGCCAGUUUCUUCCUGGGCCCCAGUCCUACCUCCCUGCAGAGGACGUCAACAAUUCAGACUGCUGGCUCCACAUCCGCCUGUACUACUGCGACGUGCUGGUGAAGGAGGUGACCACCCGCACGGCCGAGGGCUGCCGCAUCACCACCAGUGCCAUGCCGGCCAGCAGCGAGCACCUCUACGGCCCCUCCUGCAUGGAGCAGAUAAAGUUCCCCCCACCACAGGUGCUCAGUGGCCAUGGCCACGUGGCCUGCAUGACCGACGUGCUGGAGCGGCUCUUGCCCCACCUGGAGCGCGGGGUGUUGCUGUGGGUAGCACCUGAGGGGGUCUUCAUGAAGCGCCAGUGCCAGGGCAGGGUGUACUGGAACGGGCCGCUGGCCCCGCACAAGAACUGGCCCAACAAGCUGGAGAGGGAGAAGACUUACAAGCUGCUGGACACACAGCAGUACAUACAGCAGGUGCAGGAGUACCUGAGCAAUGGGCAGUUCAUGCCUCAGUACCAGAUCUAUCUGUGUUUUGGGGAGGAAUACCCCACCAGAGCUGGGCACCCCUUCCAGAAGCUCAUCAUGGCUCACGUGGAGCCGGUGUUCGCACGGGAGCUCUUCCAUCAUGCCCAGCGCUUGAGGCCAACGCUGUUCUGCAAUUCCCCCCAGCCCUGUGCCCCUGGCACCUCCAGCCACGUUUUCCGUGUCCUCAAACAGCUCUGCCAGCCCUGAACCGAGUGGGAGAGGAGAGCCCAGUUGCCAUAAAGUCUCAGAGUGGGAGACUCUAAGCCCCAUGGCCCCACUCCAACUGUAUGUCCUGAGGCAGUGUGCUCAGGGUGCUCAGUGUGCAGGAGUAGACAAGGACGGAUGUUAGCUGGGGUGGGCAGGUGCUGCUGCCCCUGUAAUUGCUGUAUUUAUUCCCCAGGAGUCCCCCAGGUGGGAUCUGUUGCGUGCCUGUUCAGCAAGCCAGGGCAGACCUGGCUCCACCCUUGCACCUUGUGCUGCCAGGACUCGUCAUUGCAAACCUUAGAAAUAAAGGUUGUGUUUUCAUA